CACUUGAUCCAUAAUGGAGCAUUAGUGUGUUGUAUUUUUAGCCCAGUAUAAGGUGUAUGAGCUCAGUUUGAAGAUGUCUCUUAUAGAAGGUCUUCUACAGACAUCAAGCACGGUGACACUGCUGGCUACUGUGCUGUUUCUGCUGGUCCUCUGCCUCCGCUCCCCUGGUUCCAGCUCUGAGGAACAGGGGAAGGAGCCUCCAGGACCCAGGCCUCUGCCCCUGCUUGGUAACAUGCUCCAGCUGGACCUCAAGAAGCCCUACUGCACUCUCUGCGAGCUUUCCAAGAAAUAUGGUUCCAUCUUCACGGUUCACUUUGGACCCAAGAAAGUGGUUGUUCUGGCAGGAUACAAGACGGUCAAGCAGGCGCUGGUCAACCAGGCAGAGGACUUUGGGGACAGGGACAUCACGCCUGUGUUCUAUGAUUUCAACCAAGGACAUGGGAUUCUGUUUGCCAAUGGAGACUCAUGGAAAGAGAUGAGGCGCUUUGCCCUGACAAACCUAAGAGACUUUGGGAUGGGCAAGAAAGGGAGUGAGGAGAAAAUCUUAGAGGAAAUUCACUACCUGAUUGAAGUAUUGGAAAAACAUGAGGGUAAGGCAUUUGACACAGCACAGCCUGUGCUUUAUGCCGUCUCCAACAUAAUCUCGGCCAUUGUCUAUGGCAGCAGGUUUGAAUACACUGACCCCCUAUUCACAGGCAUGGCGGACAGGGCCAAGGAGAGUAUACGCCUAACAGGUUCUGCAUCAAUUCAGAUGUACAACAUGUUUCCCUGGUUGGGUCCGUGGAUAAACAACCUGACACGUCUGAAAAAUAAUACUGCUGAUAUGAAGAUGGAGGUGACAGAGCUGGUGAGGGGCCUGAAGGAGACUCUGAACCCUCAGAUGUGUAGAGGCUUUGUGGACUCGUUCCUUGUCCGAAAGCAGACCCUGGAGACAUCGAGCACAGUGACACUGCUGGGGGCUCUGCUGUUUCUGCUGGCUCUUUACCGCCUCUCCUCUGGUUCCAACUCUGAGGAACAGGGGAAGGCGCCUCCAGGACCCAGGCCUCUGCCCCUGCUUGGUAACAUGCUCCAACUGGAUCUCAAGAGGCCCUACCGCACCCUCUGUAAGCUGUCCAAGAAAUAUGGGUCUGUUUUCACGGUUUACUUUGGACCCACAAAAGUGGUCAUCCUGGCAGGAUACAAGACGGUCAAGCAGGCGCUGGUCAACCAUGCAGAGGAGUUUGGGGACAGGGGCAUGCUUCCUGUGUUGUAUGACUUCACCAAUGGACAUGGUAUUCUGUUUGGCAAUGGCGACUCAUGGAAAGAGAUGAGGCGCUUUGCCCUGGCGAACCUUAGAGACUUUGGGAUGGGCAAGAAAAGGAGUGAGGAGAAAAUCUCAGAGGAAAUUCACUACCUGAUCGAAGUGUUGGAAAAACAUGAGGGUAAAGCAUUUGACACAACCCAGCCAUUGAGUUAUGCUAUCGCCAACGUAAUCUCCAACAUUGUGUACGGCAGCAGGUUUGAAUACUCUGACUUCAAGUUCCGAGCCACAGUGGAUCGAGCCAAUGAGAACCUACGAAUUGCAGGCUCUGUUUCAGUUCAGUUGUACAACAUGUUCCCCUGGCUGGGCCCUUGGCUGAAAAGCAGGAAGCUGUUGUUGAAGAAUAUUGAGAACAACAAGAAGGAGAUGGAGGAGCUGGUCCGGGGGCUGAAGGAAACUCUCAACCCUCAAAUGUGUAGAGGCUUUGUGGACUCGUUCCUCGUCCGAAAGCAGACCCUGGAGGAAUCUGGCAACAAGAACUCUCACUACCAUGACAACAACCUGAUAUCCUCUGUGAGAAACAUGUUUUCUAAUGGUACUAACACCACAGGGACAACCCUAUGCUGGGCUUUGAUGCUAAUGGCCAAGUACCCUCUUAUACAGGACCGGGUCCAGGAGGAGAUCAGCAGGGUUAUAGGAAGUCGUCAGCCCUUGGUAGAGGACAGGAAGAACCUGCCCUACACUGAUGCAGUGAUCCAUGAGACCCAGCGACUGGCCAACGUUUUACCCAUGGCCAUCCCUCACACCACCAGCCGAGAUGUCACCUUCCAGGGAUAUUUCAUCAAGAAGGGGACGCUUGUGUUUCCUCUACUGACGUCUGUCCUACAAGAUGGAAGCGAGUGGGAGAGCCCACACACCUUUAACCCCGCCCACUUUCUGGAUGAGGAAGGUCGAUUCGCCAAGAGGGAUGCCUUCAUGCCCUUCUCUGCAGGUCGUAGGGUGUGCCUGGGGGAGGGUCUGGCCAGGAUGGCGCUCUUCCUCUUCUUCACCUCCCUCCUGCAGCGAUUUCGUUUCUCUCCUCCUCCUGGAGUAACAGAGGAUGAUCUGGACCUCACACCGGCCGUGGGGUUGACCCUCAAUCCUUCACCUCACCAGCUGUGUGCUGUGAGCCGGGUCUAAGAUGAGACCAGUCCCUCAAUGGUUUUGGUUUAAUUUGAUUGCUCUACAUUCCAACAAUGUAAUUGAUUGAUACAAAGCACCGCUAUUAUGUAUGUACAGAAUGCUUGUUGUUUUUGCUUGCUGUCCUGCCUUGUCUGGGACUGGACAGCUGUUGCUAAGUAAAGUCAAUCAGUUUUCUAGCUAAUGUUAUCAGUAGUUGAUAUAUAACUACCCUUGUGGGAAUGUUUUUAUAUGACUAGCAAGCAUACUUAGCCAUAUCUGCUAGCUAGAACAAAUAACUACCACUAACUAGCUAGCUCCAGCAGGAGUGGAAGGUAAGCUGCCUACUUUCACUCCAUGAGCGGUUCUAGUUAUGGAAGGAGACUUGAAACAAAAAGACAGCAUUUGCACAGGAAACCAAUUUUGGAUCUUUUCCCACUGUUUGGUCUUUUGACUUACCAGAUCAGCACUUUUGCCUACAAUUGGACAAAAGACCAGAAUUGGGCUGCCUGUGUAAAUGCAGCUUUUUGGUCUCACUAAAAGUUGUUUAACCUGUUCGCCAGCUGGUGGCUAGUUUAAGCUACUCCUUGUCCAUUGAUGUUAGCUAGUGGUUAGCUCUAGCCACAUUAGCUACUGUACUAAUAACUAUUUACAUUAUAUAUGUAUGCACGAAAAUCCAUUUUAUUGCACCUUUAAGCUUUCUUGUCCUAUUCAAACAGGCCAACCAAAGGUACAUAACACUAACAAUGUAUGUUAUUGAUAACAGCUAGAUGAUUGACUGCUAAGCUUGGAUACACCCCAAAGAUAAACAAGCUAAGAUGUAGGCUUCUGAUCAGCCUUUGACUAUUUGAUUAUUAGUGUCAGACGGCUCCAUAUGUAUUGCUAAUCAAUAAUAUAGUUGAUGAGUGCUUGACAUCGGCACCAGUUUGUCAAAUUUUGGUCCAUUUAGUCAACUUGGAGUUGGGGUUUGGAAUAGAAUAGAAGUUGAAUUACUGUCUGUGCUCAGUGGGAACCAAUCACUGUGCAGCAAUGUAAAACGUUCAACUUGUGGAUUUCACCAAAACUUUUAAUAAAGACUUAAAGUGGAACUGACA